CUAUCGCAUCUAUGACAGACUGAGAGACUUGUUGAACAGUUUGAAAACAUUAUUUCAAAUAUUACUUCCAUUCAAAAUAAACAAGUGUUUAACGGUCAGAUUCGUUGGUGGUUGAGUGCACGCUAACCAUUUCACGAACAUAGUAAAUAUUCUUUUAUUUAUAACAAUUUUAUAUAAAUUUUACUGAUGACGAAUUUCAAAAUAUUCGUCAUACAUAUUGUUUACAAAAAGCCGGCAAAACAUUUCAAAACAAUACCUUAAAGUGUGCAGUUCAUUCACCAGUUUUUAGUUAAAAAAAAAAAUUAAAAUAACUUUGUAAAAUUAAACGCAGUAUUAAUAUUUUGGGUUUUUUUUAUAAUAACAAAAAUAAAUGUUGUUUUCAUUUAGUGGGCUACAAACAACUACCAGUACUAGUAAGAGUAGUACUUGCUAAAAAUGUGUCAAUAUAUUUAACAAUGAACAAGUGUUAAUUUUUAAAUAAAAAAAAAAAAAAUACUAAAAUAAAUAUAAAGUUUGUUUUUAUGGCUGUUUCAAGCCAAGCUUUUUAAAUACUAAAAAAAAAUUCUAGUACCGUAAAUUUCAAAACUCAUGACGUUGCUCUAGUUUAAGCUCAUGUUUGUUACUCAAAGCAUGUCGAAGAAAUUCUCCAUACUGCUAGCAGUUUCUAUUACCAUUCUGUUGCUGUUGGUAGUUGUGGUGAUUGUAGUUACCGGGAGUUCAUGUGCCGCUCUAAGAAAUUGCGAUUCAUUUAAGCCCGUUUGUGCCACAAAUAAAUAUGAACAUCAAUUCUUUUAUAGCCAGUGUGAUAUGGUACGAGAAAAUUGCAUGACCGGAACAAGCUGCAACAACUACCCAACUGAGUUAAACCAUCAUCAUUUAUGAUGAUUGCAACACACUCAACACUGAAAAUUGACUUAAACAAGAGGCUGCACGUAAAAGAGUAGUGAC